AUGUCCUCCAGUUACCACCCUUCGCUUGAUGAUCCGAAUGCUUUCGUCUUCUACCGCUACCACCCCAGCCUUGGUGCAGCCGUCUUCUUCGUCAUCGCAUUCAUCAUAACGACGGCUUACCACCUAUGGCAAUGUGUACGCACGAAGACGUGGUACUUUAUACCACUCAUCAUCGGCGGCUUCUGCCAACUCAUCGGAUACAUCGGCCGCGCCAUGUCCGCCAAAGACCAGUGGAACCUCGGCCCAUACAUCAUACAAAAUCUGCUCCUCCUUAUCGCGCCCGCCUUCUUCGCCGCAUCCGUCUACAUGGUACUCGGCCGCAUCAUCCUCGUCACCGACGGCGAGAAACAUUCGGUCAUAUCUAAGAAGUGGCUCACCAAGCUCUUCGUGACUGGCGACGUCAUCUCGCUCCUGGCGCAGUCGGGCGGCGGCGGCUACAUGGCUAUGGGAACGUUGGCAGCCAUGCACACGGGCGAGAAGAUUGUCAUCUUCGGCCUCUUCGUUCAGCUGCUGUUCUUCGGCUUCUUCAUGUUCGUUAGCACGCUCUUCUACAUGCGGAUGCAAAAGGAGCCCACUGGCCGCAGCAUGGAUCCGAACAUCGAGUGGCGCAAACACUUCUUUGUGUUGAUGGCUGCGAGCUUGUUUGUCUUCGUCCGGUCUGUCUUCAGGGUCAUCGAGUACAUCUCCGGGAACAACGGCUAUCUGCUUAAGCAUGAGGUGUUCCUCUACAUCUUCGAUGCAUGCUUGAUGUUGGCGGUCAUGGUCCUCUUCAACAUUGCACACCCCAGCGAAAUAACGGAUAAGCUCGGCGGGGGAUAUGCGGACACAUUCAAGAUGUAUCUGAGGUCUGAUUCGGAAACACAGGUUUGA